ACCGAAGCGGAAACGGGAGCCGGGCGCGGGAGUGGCGGAUCCGUACCCGACUCGUCCCUCCUAUUUGAUCGCUUUGCGGCCCCCCUCCCUUUUCGUUCCGUUCCUUUAAUUCGUUGUGUUGGGCUGCUUGUUUGCUCGCCUUUCGCAUUAUUUGCGCAACGCCUUUUGGUAAUCGAUUGAUUUAUGGCCCCGUCGCGACGCUGAUAGGGUUCGAUCUGCGGCGAUGGAGAUUGGGAUCCGGCGACUGCGUGAUAGGUCCGGGCGCGGCGGCGUCUUGGGGUCCGCUUCCUGGUCGUCCUCGAGUUCCCUCUAAUCGAGGGCUUGCGAGGGCUUCGAGGUCGGAUCGUUGAUCCCCGGCGCGGAGGAGAAUGGAGGAGGAGCGCAGCUCUUGGGUGCUGAGGGCGAAGUAUUCCCACACGCCGCACCACCGAACGAGCUCGGACCCUGAUGUGGUCCUGCUUCCGGAUCCCAAGGAAUCGAAUUCGGAUAACGCGUGUUUGCUCUCGGGCAGGUCCUCGGUCCGAUCUGGCUCUGAUCCCUCGCGGAACCUGAAGAACUCGAGCGCGGAAUCGUCGGCGAAGAUAUCCGCAAACAGGUCGAGUUCCCAACCUGAUGAUGGCGAUCGAUUGGACUUGAAAAAGGUGGAGAGCCGGAGCGCCAGGUGUUCUGAUUUCUCCUUCUAUCCGGAAGGAGUCCCAUCUCGUUCUCUCGUGGUUGCGACCUCGAAGUUUCCGGUUUCUCAUCAGAAAGCCGGGAGCUUGAAUUCUACGAUGGGCGCUGCUUCUUCUGGAAGGGUUAAACCAGAUGCCAACUCCCGCUCGAGUUCCCAACCUGAUGAUGGCGAUCGAUUGGACUUGAAGAAGGCGGAGAGCCGGAGCGCCAGGUGUUCUGAUUUCUCCUUCUAUCCGGAAGGAGUCCCAUCUCGUUCUCUCGUGGUUGCGACCUCGAAGUUUCCGGUUUCUCAUCAGAAAGCCGGGAGCUUGAAUUCUACGAUGGGCGCUGCUUCUUCUGGAAGGGUUAAACCAGAUGCCAACUCCCGCUCGAGUUCCCAACCUGAUGAUGGCGAUCGAUUGGACUUGAAGAAGGCGGAGAGCCGGAGCGCCAGGUGUUCUGAUUUCUCCUUCUAUCCGGAAGGAGUCCCAUCUCGUUCUAUCGUGGUUGCGACCUCGAAGUUUCCGGUUUCUCAUCAGAAAGCCGGGAGCUUGAAUUCUACGAUGGGCGCUGCUUCUUCUGGAAGGGUUAAACCAGAUGCCAACUCCCGCUCGAGUUCCCAACCUGAUGAUGGCGAUCGAUUGGACUUGAAGAAGGCGGAGAGCCGGAGCGCCAGGUGUUCUGAUUUCUCCUUCUAUCCGGAAGGAGUACCAUCUCGAUCUAUCGUGGUUGCGACCUCGAAGUUUCCGGUUUCUCAUCAGAAAGCCGGGAGCUUGAAUUCUACGAUGGGCGCUGCCUCUUCUGGAAGGGUUAAACCAGAUGCCAACUCCCGUCACGAGCGGGAGUCGAAAUCCAAGCAAAGGUCAAUAUCACCUCUUCCAACCACCGUCCUCUCCGAGGUCUUUAAAGAAGCUCGUUCGAUCGGAAGGAGAUUCUCCACCCCGCCGCCUUCGAGGAAAAAGUGCGAUAAAGCUCGUGCGCAUCACGAGCUUGAUUGGAGAACAGCUUUGGAACUGAGGAAAGCCUUUGAUAAGUCGAGGCCCAGGAAGGGAACUUCUUGGGCGAGGUGCUUCGACCAUGGGGGAGGGAAGGUCACUGCCUUGGAGACGACCGAGAAAUGGAAUGCCGAUCUUUCCCAAUUGUACUUUGGGCUUAGGUUUGCCUGCGGUGCUCACAGUAGGCUAUACCACGGUGUCUUUAACGAUAAGCCUGUUGCUGUGAAGAUGAUUAGUCAACCCGAUGAUGACGAAAAUGGAGUGAUGGCUGCACGACUGGAGAAGCAGUUCACGAGAGAAGUGACAAUGUUAUCACAUCUCGAUCACCGCAAUGUGAUUAAGCUUGCAGGGGCAUAUAAACAGCCACCAGUCUUUUGUAUCAUCACUGAGUAUCUUUCUGGAGGCUCUUUAAGAGCAUUUCUGCACAAGCUUGACCACAAAUCUCUUCCUUUACAAAGAUUAAUUGCAAUUGCCUUAGAUAUCGCACGAGGAAUGGAAUAUGUUCAUUCACAAGGGGUUAUCCAUCGUGACCUGAAACCUGAGAACAUUCUAUUUGAUCAAGACUUCUGCAUUAAAAUUGUUGAUUUUGGAAUAGCAUGUGAGGAAGCAUAUUGUGACGCACUUACAGAGGACCCUGGAACUUAUCGCUGGAUGGCACCUGAGAUGAUCAAACAUAAGCCUUAUGGGCGGAAAGUUGAUGUUUACAGCUUUGGCUUACUUCUGUGGGAGAUGGUGACAGGGACAAUUCCAUAUGAGGAUAUGACACCAAUCCAAGCAGCUUUUGCAGUGGUUAAUAAGAACUUGAGGCCAAUCAUUCCUCUUGAUUGUCCUUCACCUCUUCACGCCCUCAUAGAGCAAUGCUGGGCAGUAGUUCCCGAUAAGAGGCUCGAAUUUUGGCAGAUUGUAAAGGUAUUGGAGCAGUUUCAAUCUGCUGUCACUCAGGAUGGAACAUUAAAUCAGCUUCAACACUUGACCUGCCAGGAUCACAAGAAACGUUUACUCGAUUGGAUCCAAAAGCUCAGAACUCCCUUGCAUGCAAAUAGCUCAAAACCCCGAUUGCCCUAACUUGUAUAACUUGUCUACCUGCGCGCUAUUGGAUUUUUGCUCCUCCGUUAUGGUGUUUUGUAGCUCAUCUAGUAACAGAGUAUACAUACACCAUGGUUGAUGUCAAAAUUUUCUCUUAUUUGCGGCUAAGCUUCUUUCAGCCUCUCCAAUGUGAUAGGACACCUGCAUGCAUCCAUGUCCACGAUAAACAGUCGAUGCCAAUGUCCAUAUUGUACUGUAGUAUGAGGAAAGUAUUAGUCUUACUAGGUCAAUUUUUUUAUCUAAUUUAGAUUUGUUCAUCAGAUGUAUAAAAAUCUUGUUAUUCCCUCUUUUUCUAUUAGGAUCUUGAGAAUGCAUUGCGAAAUGGUCGACGCAGAUGUUUGCUA